AUGUCAUCAUCAACAUCGAGGGUCAAGAUUGUCAUUGUGGGUGCCGGUCCUUGCGGUCUCCUAUUGGCGUGGAAUCUGUUGCAGCACAACGACAGUAAGACUUAUGACAUUUUUAUUGUGGAAAAGCGUUCCGAUCCUCGUUCCAAGACGGAUGCUGCCAGUAGUGAUCGAACCUUUCCCAUUGCCUUGCAAUCCCGUGGAUGGAAUGCUUUGCCAAAGUCCAUUCAAAGCACGCUUUCCAAUCAAGGCGUUUGGGUGGUGGGACUCUGUCUGCACGGCAAAAAAGGACGUCGGUUCAUUCCCAGAGAUAAACCAAAUCUAUCCAUUGAUCGCAACCAAUUGGCCAAAACAUUGCUCGAGGCAGUGGCACAAGCAGCAACUAGUAAAAGUAAGGUCCAAUUCCACUUUGACAGCGCCAUGGAAGAUUUGGAUCAUGACGCCAAGACCAUUUCGAUACGAAGCAACAAUACUAAUAAUGACACGACAACGACCACCACCACCCUUGCGUUUGACUACCUGGUCGCCGCCGAUGGAGGACGCUCCCAAGUGCGACAAGAACUUUGUGACAACAAUCUAUUGACGGCAGACAUCCAGGAAAUUCCCGAUGAUUAUCGAACCAUUCAUCUGUCACGAGCAGCUCCUAAAGUGGAACGCAUGGAUUCCGACAAGAUUCACGGUUGGAUGUUUCCCACGUGCAAAAUCAUUGCCGUUCCCAUUCAUCCGGGGGUAGUCAGUGGUGCCAUUAUUUUUGACAAGGGAUCCGAUCCAUUUGCCACCAUGACGGAACCCCAUCAAGUGCAAGAUUAUUUUGCCCAAUUGUCACCGGAAGAACUGGCGUUUUUGGUUUCCGACGAGGAAGCCGACGCCUUGUUAAAUCGUCCCACGGCCACACUACUCUCGGUACGGUGCAGUCAAUUGCACACUCCCCAUACACUCUUGUUGGGCGACGCGGCCCACGCCGUCUCGGCGUCGUGCGGACAAGGCUGCAAUGCCGCGCUGCAAGAUGUACAAGUCUUUUGCGACACGCUAGCUCAACAAAAUCACGAGUGGAAUAAAGCAUUGCCCGCCUAUACACAAGCACGCUUGGGAGAUGCUCAUGCCGUUAGUGAAUUGUCAGAUUACACCCAUCCACGGUCCGGAUGGCUCAAAUUCGAGUUUAUUGCCCGCACCAUUUUGCGCAAACUGUUGCCACUGUGGCUAGCCAAUUGGCUCUUGAAGCCACUGCCCACGGAAGUAUUGGCAGGGACGGAUAUCUCGUAUACGCAAGUGCUAGCGCAAACGCAAUGGUGGGUGGAUCGAGUCAAAAAACAGACACAGCAAUAA